AUGUCUGAAGCAGUUACUACAGAAGCGCAACCAUCUCGUAGGAGGAGCACCAGGUGGAAACAAGGUGAGACGUCUGAAGCAGUUACUACAGAAGCGCAACCAUCUCGUAGGAGGAGCACCAGGGUGAGAAGAGACACAACACCACAUAAAGAUAAGUCCAGUGUGAAAGAUGACAGUGGACUGGCCAACAAGAGAAAGGCUAGUAACGGUAUGGCAGCAGCCACUGGCAGACAGGAAGCCAGGGCUUUACCACUCGCUGGCAGAGUGGAGCACAGUGCCAAGGCUGCUGCAGGCAGUGCUGUAGGGAAGACACCAGUGUGGACAAGGACAAAAGGACAUGUUUCAGGUGCCACUGCUGUAGGCAAGGUUGAACGGAAGGUUGCAGUGGUGAACACUGGAAAGGCAAAUGGGCACAUGUCAGCUGCUGACAAGGCCGAAGGGCAGGGAGUGGUGGCGCCUGCUGGGAAGGCCAAGCGACGUGCAUUGUCAGCAGCUACUGGCACGGUGGAGGGUGGCAUAACUGUGGUGACAUGUGGGGUGCAGGGCCAGGUGCUCUCUGCCACCAACAAGUCAAACAUCACACCCAUCAUAAAGAAGUCGAAGACCAAACCAGCUCCAAAAAAGGUCUCGCAGCAUUCCAGCUCUGAAAGUGCCAGGGGAAGACGUGCUUCCUUGGAGAGGAAGAGCAUGUCCAGGAAGAGCUGGUCCCGCAAGUCCAGGAAGAGCCACAAGGGUAACAAUAUUGCAUCUACAUCAUGGAAACUGAUAACAAAUCUGUGUCUGAUAGCUCGAACAAAGAAAAGGACUGACGCCAGACGAAACUGGCACCUUCUUCUGGAAUCAUCUGACGAAGAGGAUUAUGCUGAUUUCUUUGACAGCAAUGAUGAAGCAGAAAUAAUCGAGGCUGCAGAUUAUUCCAAUGAAUCUGAACCAUCGUACGAUGGCGGGAAUGAAGUGAAUGAAUUUCCAAGUGAUGAGUGCCGUUUUUAUAUCGGCAAGGACCAGGAACCUUUAUGGAUAAAUAAUCCAGGCAAGGAAAAGAGGCAAGGAAAAGAGGCAAGGAAAAGAGGCAAGGAAAAGAGGCAAGGAAAAGAGGCAAGGAAAAGAGGCAAGGAAAAGAGGCAAGGAAAAGAGGCAAGGAAAAGAGGCAAGGAAAAGAGGCAAGGAAAAGAGGCAAGGAAAAGAGGCAAGGAAAAGAGGCAAGGAAAAGAGGCAAGGAAAAGAGGCAAGGAAAAGAGGCAAGGAAAAGAGGCAAGGAAAAGAGGCAAGGAAAAGAGGCAAGGAAAAGAGGCAAGGAAAAGAGGCAAGGAAAAGAGGCAAGGAAAAGAGGCAAGGAAAAGAGGCAAGGAAAAGAGGCAAGGAAAAGAGGCAAGGAAAAGAGGCAAGGAAAAGAGGCAAGGAAAAGAGGCAAGGAAAAGAGGCAAGGAAAAGAGGCAAGGAAAAGAGGCAAGGAAAAGAGGCAAGGAAAAGAGGCAAGGAAAAGAGGCAAGGAAAAGAGGCAAGGAAAAGAGGCAAGGAAAAGAGGCAAGGAAAAGAGGCAAGGAAAAGAGGCAAGGAAAAGAGGCAAGGAAAAGAGGCAAGGAAAAGAGGCAAGGAAAAGAGGCAAGGAAAAGAGGCAAGGAAAAGAGGCAAGGAAAAGAGGCAAGGAAAAGAGGCAAGGAAAAGAGGCAAGGAAAAGAGGCAAGGAAAAGAGGCAAGGAAAAGAGGCAAGGAAAAGAGGCAAGGAAAAGAGGCAAGGAAAAGAGGCAAGGAAAAGAGGCAAGGAAAAGAGGCAAGGAAAAGAGGCAAGGAAAAGAGGCAAGGAAAAGAGGCAAGGAAAAGAGGCAAGGAAAAGAGGCAAGGAAAAGAGGCAAGGAAAAGAGGCAAGGAAAAGAGGCAAGGAAAAGAGGCAAGGAAAAGAGGCAAGGAAAAGAGGCAAGGAAAAGAGGCAAGGAAAAGAGGCAAGGAAAAGAGGCAAGGAAAAGAGGCAAGGAAAAGAGGCAAGGAAAAGAGGCAAGGAAAAGAGGCAAGGAAAAGAGGCAAGGAAAAGAGGCAAGGAAAAGAGGCAAGGAAAAGAGGCAAGGAAAAGAGGCAAGGAAAAGAGGCAAGGAAAAGAGGCAAGGAAAAGAGGCAAGGAAAAGAGGCAAGGAAAAGAGGCAAGGAAAAGAGGCAAGGAAAAGAGGCAAGGAAAAGAGGCAAGGAAAAGAGGCAAGGAAAAGAGGCAAGGAAAAGAGGCAAGGAAAAGAGGCAAGGAAAAGAGGCAAGGAAAAGAGGCAAGGAAAAGAGGCAAGGAAAAGAGGCAAGGAAAAGAGGCAAGGAAAAGAGGCAAGGAAAAGAGGCAAGGAAAAGAGGCAAGGAAAAGAGGCAAGGAAAAGAGGCAAGGAAAAGAGGCAAGGAAAAGAGGCAAGGAAAAGAGGCAAGGAAAAGAGGCAAGGAAAAGAGGCAAGGAAAAGAGGCAAGGAAAAGAGGCAAGGAAAAGAGGCAAGGAAAAGAGGCAAGGAAAAGAGGCAAGGAAAAGAGGCAAGGAAAAGAGGCAAGGAAAAGAGGCAAGGAAAAGAGGCAAGGAAAAGAGGCAAGGAAAAGAGGCAAGGAAAAGAGGCAAGGAAAAGAGGCAAGGAAAAGAGGCAAGGAAAAGAGGCAAGGAAAAGAGGCAAGGAAAAGAGGCAAGGAAAAGAGGCAAGGAAAAGAGGCAAGGAAAAGAGGCAAGGAAAAGAGGCAAGGAAAAGAGGCAAGGAAAAGAGGCAAGGAAAAGAGGCAAGGAAAAGAGGCAAGGAAAAGAGGCAAGGAAAAGAGGCAAGGAAAAGAGGCAAGGAAAAGAGGCAAGGAAAAGAGGCAAGGAAAAGAGGCAAGGAAAAGAGGCAAGGAAAAGAGGCAAGGAAAAGAGGCAAGGAAAAGAGGCAAGGAAAAGAGGCAAGGAAAAGAGGCAAGGAAAAGAGGCAAGGAAAAGAGGCAAGGAAAAGAGGCAAGGAAAAGAGGCAAGGAAAAGAGGCAAGGAAAAGAGGCAAGGAAAAGAGGCAAGGAAAAGAGGCAAGGAAAAGAGGCAAGGAAAAGAGGCAAGGAAAAGAGGCAAGGAAAAGAGGCAAGGAAAAGAGGCAAGGAAAAGAGGCAAGGAAAAGAGGCAAGGAAAAGAGGCAAGGAAAAGAGGCAAGGAAAAGAGGCAAGGAAAAGAGGCAAGGAAAAGAGGCAAGGAAAAGAGGCAAGGAAAAGAGGCAAGGAAAAGAGGCAAGGAAAAGAGGCAAGGAAAAGAGGCAAGGAAAAGAGGCAAGGAAAAGAGGCAAGGAAAAGAGGCAAGGAAAAGAGGCAAGGAAAAGAGGCAAGGAAAAGAGGCAAGGAAAAGAGGCAAGGAAAAGAGGCAAGGAAAAGAGGCAAGGAAAAGAGGCAAGGAAAAGAGGCAAGGAAAAGAGGCAAGGAAAAGAGGCAAGGAAAAGAGGCAAGGAAAAGAGGCAAGGAAAAGAGGCAAGGAAAAGAGGCAAGGAAAAGAGGCAAGGAAAAGAGGCAAGGAAAAGAGGCAAGGAAAAGAGGCAAGGAAAAGAGGCAAGGAAAAGAGGCAAGGAAAAGAGGCAAGGAAAAGAGGCAAGGAAAAGAGGCAAGGAAAAGAGGCAAGGAAAAGAGGCAAGGAAAAGAGGCAAGGAAAAGAGGCAAGGAAAAGAGGCAAGGAAAAGAGGCAAGGAAAAGAGGCAAGGAAAAGAGGCAAGGAAAAGAGGCAAGGAAAAGAGGCAAGGAAAAGAGGCAAGGAAAAGAGGCAAGGAAAAGAGGCAAGGAAAAGAGGCAAGGAAAAGAGGCAAGGAAAAGAGGCAAGGAAAAGAGGCAAGGAAAAGAGGCAAGGAAAAGAGGCAAGGAAAAGAGGCAAGGAAAAGAGGCAAGGAAAAGAGGCAAGGAAAAGAGGCAAGGAAAAGAGGCAAGGAAAAGAGGCAAGGAAAAGAGGCAAGGAAAAGAGGCAAGGAAAAGAGGCAAGGAAAAGAGGCAAGGAAAAGAGGCAAGGAAAAGAGGCAAGGAAAAGAGGCAAGGAAAAGAGGCAAGGAAAAGAGGCAAGGAAAAGAGGCAAGGAAAAGAGGCAAGGAAAAGAGGCAAGGAAAAGAGGCAAGGAAAAGAGGCAAGGAAAAGAGGCAAGGAAAAGAGGCAAGGAAAAGAGGCAAGGAAAAGAGGCAAGGAAAAGAGGCAAGGAAAAGAGGCAAGGAAAAGAGGCAAGGAAAAGAGGCAAGGAAAAGAGGCAAGGAAAAGAGGCAAGGAAAAGAGGCAAGGAAAAGAGGCAAGGAAAAGAGGCAAGGAAAAGAGGCAAGGAAAAGAGGCAAGGAAAAGAGGCAAGGAAAAGAGGCAAGGAAAAGAGGCAAGGAAAAGAGGCAAGGAAAAGAGGCAAGGAAAAGAGGCAAGGAAAAGAGGCAAGGAAAAGAGGCAAGGAAAAGAGGCAAGGAAAAGAGGCAAGGAAAAGAGGCAAGGAAAAGAGGCAAGGAAAAGAGGCAAGGAAAAGAGGCAAGGAAAAGAGGCAAGGAAAAGAGGCAAGGAAAAGAGGCAAGGAAAAGAGGCAAGGAAAAGAGGCAAGGAAAAGAGGCAAGGAAAAGAGGCAAGGAAAAGAGGCAAGGAAAAGAGGCAAGGAAAAGAGGCAAGGAAAAGAGGCAAGGAAAAGAGGCAAGGAAAAGAGGCAAGGAAAAGAGGCAAGGAAAAGAGGCAAGGAAAAGAGGCAAGGAAAAGAGGCAAGGAAAAGAGGCAAGGAAAAGAGGCAAGGAAAAGAGGCAAGGAAAAGAGGCAAGGAAAAGAGGCAAGGAAAAGAGGCAAGGAAAAGAGGCAAGGAAAAGAGGCAAGGAAAAGAGGCAAGGAAAAGAGGCAAGGAAAAGAGGCAAGGAAAAGAGGCAAGGAAAAGAGGCAAGGAAAAGAGGCAAGGAAAAGAGGCAAGGAAAAGAGGCAAGGAAAAGAGGCAAGGAAAAGAGGCAAGGAAAAGAGGCAAGGAAAAGAGGCAAGGAAAAGAGGCAAGGAAAAGAGGCAAGGAAAAGAGGCAAGGAAAAGAGGCAAGGAAAAGAGGCAAGGAAAAGAGGCAAGGAAAAGAGGCAAGGAAAAGAGGCAAGGAAAAGAGGCAAGGAAAAGAGGCAAGGAAAAGAGGCAAGGAAAAGAGGCAAGGAAAAGAGGCAAGGAAAAGAGGCAAGGAAAAGAGGCAAGGAAAAGAGGCAAGGAAAAGAGGCAAGGAAAAGAGGCAAGGAAAAGAGGCAAGGAAAAGAGGCAAGGAAAAGAGGCAAGGAAAAGAGGCAAGGAAAAGAGGCAAGGAAAAGAGGCAAGGAAAAGAGGCAAGGAAAAGAGGCAAGGAAAAGAGGCAAGGAAAAGAGGCAAGGAAAAGAGGCAAGGAAAAGAGGCAAGGAAAAGAGGCAAGGAAAAGAGGCAAGGAAAAGAGGCAAGGAAAAGAGGCAAGGAAAAGAGGCAAGGAAAAGAGGCAAGGAAAAGAGGCAAGGAAAAGAGGCAAGGAAAAGAGGCAAGGAAAAGAGGCAAGGAAAAGAGGCAAGGAAAAGAGGCAAGGAAAAGAGGCAAGGAAAAGAGGCAAGGAAAAGAGGCAAGGAAAAGAGGCAAGGAAAAGAGGCAAGGAAAAGAGGCAAGGAAAAGAGGCAAGGAAAAGAGGCAAGGAAAAGAGGCAAGGAAAAGAGGCAAGGAAAAGAGGCAAGGAAAAGAGGCAAGGAAAAGAGGCAAGGAAAAGAGGCAAGGAAAAGAGGCAAGGAAAAGAGGCAAGGAAAAGAGGCAAGGAAAAGAGGCAAGGAAAAGAGGCAAGGAAAAGAGGCAAGGAAAAGAGGCAAGGAAAAGAGGCAAGGAAAAGAGGCAAGGAAAAGAGGCAAGGAAAAGAGGCAAGGAAAAGAGGCAAGGAAAAGAGGCAAGGAAAAGAGGCAAGGAAAAGAGGCAAGGAAAAGAGGCAAGGAAAAGAGGCAAGGAAAAGAGGCAAGGAAAAGAGGCAAGGAAAAGAGGCAAGGAAAAGAGGCAAGGAAAAGAGGCAAGGAAAAGAGGCAAGGAAAAGAGGCAAGGAAAAGAGGCAAGGAAAAGAGGCAAGGAAAAGAGGCAAGGAAAAGAGGCAAGGAAAAGAGGCAAGGAAAAGAGGCAAGGAAAAGAGGCAAGGAAAAGAGGCAAGGAAAAGAGGCAAGGAAAAGAGGCAAGGAAAAGAGGCAAGGAAAAGAGGCAAGGAAAAGAGGCAAGGAAAAGAGGCAAGGAAAAGAGGCAAGGAAAAGAGGCAAGGAAAAGAGGCAAGGAAAAGAGGCAAGGAAAAGAGGCAAGGAAAAGAGGCAAGGAAAAGAGGCAAGGAAAAGAGGCAAGGAAAAGAGGCAAGGAAAAGAGGCAAGGAAAAGAGCCUUCUUGGAAGCCUUCUUGGAAGCCUUCUUGGAAGCCUUCUUGGAAGCCUUCUUGGAAGCCUUCUUGGAAGCCUUCUUGGAAGCCUUCUUGGAAGCCUUCUUGGAAGCCUUCUUGGAAGCCUUCUUGGAAGCCUUCUUGGAAGCCUUCUUGGAAGCCUUCUUGGAAGCCUUCUUGGAAGCCUUCUUGGAAGCCUUCUUGGAAGCCUUCUUGGAAGCCUUCUUGGAAGCCUUCUUGGAAGCCUUCUUGGAAGCCUUCUUGGAAGCCUUCUUGGAAGCCUUCUUGGAAGCCUUCUUGGAAGCCUUCUUGGAAGCCUUCUUGGAAGCCUUCUUGGAAGCCUUCUUGGAAGCCUUCUUGGAAGCCUUCUUGGAAGCCUUCUUGGAAGCCUUCUUGGAAGCCUUCUUGGAAGCCUUCUUGGAAGCCUUCUUGGAAGCCUUCUUGGAAGCCUUCUUGGAAGCCUUCUUGGAAGCCUUCUUGGAAGCCUUCUUGGAAGCCUUCUUGGAAGCCUUCUUGGAAGCCUUCUUGGAAGUCCGACGAGGCACAGGGAUGGUGGGCUCGACCCGAAGAAAGUCCUCACACGCGGGGUCCGUUUUGGAACGCCGGACCUCGGAAGCUGGGGUCCGGAACGUUUCCCCGAUGGACGCCUGA